UUUUUGGUUUAAUAAAGGAUAUCAGUUCUGCCAAAGAAGCUUGGAACAAAUUGGCUGAAAUGCAUCAACAAUGGCAAUCCCAUUCCCUCCAACCAGCAACCAGUUCAGGGAUGUUAGCCCCUGACUUUCAAUUAGCUCGCAUUUGUGGAGCAGCCCUUCAAAUGCAAAGAGAACUACAGUGGUUCAAGGAGAUUCAAAGCAUUGUUCCAGAGUGGUGUAAAAAAUCUAGAAAUAAAGAUGGUGAAACUCCUAGUGAUGUAUUUACGAAGAGCCACAAGGAAUUGGCAAAACAAGGGGAGGAAUGGAUGAAAGAUACAGCGAGUUCUUCUAGUGUUGUUGGCUCUCUCAUCAUUACCAUCAUGUUUGCUGCACUUUUUACUGUUCCUGGUGGUAACAAUCAGGAAACUGGAUUUCCCAUUUUAUUGGGUAAAAAAUUGUUUAUGGUAUUCUUGAUAUCAGAUGCGAUUUCCCUCUUCGCUGCAUCCAUCUCAGUGUUCAUGUUUCUGGGAAUCCUCACGUCACGUUAUGCCGAGGAAGAUUUUCUCGCGUACUUACCUAAGCAGUUGAUUUUGGGCCUUUCAACACUCUUCAUCUCUAUAGCAACAAUGAUGGUAACAUUUUCUUCUGCUCUUUUAAUUAUAUUACAAGGCCGUUGGUCAGUAAUUCUUCCAAUAAUUCUGAUAGCUGCUCCUCCUGUCACUCUUGCUAUGCGGAUGCAAGCUCCAGUCCUUGUCGACAUUUUUAUUUCAACCUAUAGACCAGGAAUCCUUGUUAAGACAAAGAAGCUGUGGCCUUAGCACAGUAAAUGUGUCCAUCUUUCUCAUCAUCAUGUAAUCGCCUAACUUAUUUUAGUAAUAAAUGCUCCUAAUUAUGUGCUGUAUGUUUCAGAAUGUAUUUCUCCGUAAAUUCAAACUUUCAGCUCACAUUCACAACCAUCUAUAGAUCAUAGCAAUAAUAGAGUCCAAGCAUAAUUUGUGAAAAUAAAAAGGAAAGUAUAUAUAUCUAAUGCACAAUUGGGAAUUUAAGCUCUCUCUCCCCUAAUCCUUCUAGCGAGCUGGAUAUCUUUAGGCAUGAUGGUGACUCUCUUGGCAUGAAUAGCACAGAGAUUAGUGUCCUCAAAGAGCCCCACAAGGUACGCCUCAGCUGCCUCCUGGAGCGCCGCAACCGCACUGCUUUGGAACCUCAACUCAAAUCAGUCUUGAAAUCCUGAGCAAUCUCUCUCACCAGCCUCUGGAACGGAAGCUUUCGGAUCAAAAGCUCAGUGCUCUUCUGGUACUUCCUGAUCUCCCUCAGAGCCACGGUUCCAGGGAGCCAAAGCAAAGGUAUGUUUGUUUCCUCAAUGGAAGCUCAAUCAAGUUUAUGCUCUUAAAUCAGUGAUUUUGAUGGGUGUUUUGAGGGGUUUGUUGGUGGGUUUGGGGUUUUGUGGGUUAAAGUUGCUGAAUUUGUGUCUGAGAUUUCUUUGGUUUGUGGUGUUUUUUCUCUCUUGUUUUGGGUCUCUUUAGUGGUUUAGAUGGUAUUUUGAAGUGUCAUUACUUGGCUCAUGGGUUUAAAGUUAUCUGCUUUUUGUGAAUUGAGGCAUGAAUUAUGGAAAAUAUGUUAGAUUUGCUAAUUCUGUGACCUGGGUUGUGCCAUAAAUGAUCGUUCUUUGG